AGAACGUGAUACAAGGAGAGAGGGAGAGAGAAAGAUAAAGAAGAAGAGAGAGAGAAAGGGAAAAAAAGUAGAGAGAGAAAGAACCGUUUGAGAUUUUUGGAGACGUUACCGGACUUCAAAUCUUCAAUUCACCGGAAUUUGGGAACUACGGUCACGUCCGGAGACUAGGGUUUUCCUUUUCUCUUGUUUGUAUUUCAAUUUCGGUCGUUUUCGAUUUACGAAGUUUCGCGAUGGGGUUACGAAGUUAAACGACGAAUUCGUGAUUUGAAGUUUCGUUGUUGUUGAGUUGAGAGUUUCGUUUCGGUGGUGAUGUUUACGCCGCAGAGAUUGUGGCCGGGUCGGUCCAUAACGCCGAACAAGAGUGGAGCGCGCACUGGAACCGGGUCGGGUCUUGAUUCGGGCGAGGGUGCUGGUUCGAAAGGGAAAGGUGUUGCUUUUGCUGAAAAUGGUGGAAAUUUGGAUCGUGAGGUUUUGGUUGAGAGGGUUUCAAGCCUUGAAAAAGAGCUUUACGAGUACCAAUUCAAUAUGGGGCUUCUCUUGAUUGAGAAAAAGGAGUGGAACUCUAAGUUUUCCGAGCUAAAUCAAGAUUUAGUGGAAGUCAAGGAUGCUUUUGAACGAGAAAAAGCAGCUCAUUUAUUUGCUCUAUCUGAGGCAGAGAAGCGAGAAGAGAAUCUGAGGAAGGCCUUUGGUGUUGAGAAAGAGUGUGUGCUUGAUCUUGAGAAGGCCCUGCGAGAAAUGAGGUCAGAGCAUGCGAAGACUAGAUUUGCAGCAGACUCAAAGUUAGCUGAAGCAAAUGCUUUAAUAGCUAGUGUUGAAGAAAAAUCUUUAGAAGUAGAAGCCAAGUUACGCUCUGCUGAUGCCAAACUUGCUGAAAUUAGCAGAAAGAGUUCAGAGAUUGAUAGGAAAUCACAUGACUUGGAGGCUCAAGAAUCUGCACUUAGAAGGGAGCGAUUGUCCUUCAUUGCAGAGCAAGAAUCACACGAGAGUACUUUGUCUAAGCAAAGAGAGGACUUACGAGAGUGGGAGAAGAAACUGCAGGAUGGCGAAGAGAGGCUGUCCAAGGGUCAAAGAAUUCUCAAUGAAAGAGAGCAGAGGGCUAAUGAGGUUGACAGAAUAUGUAGGCAGAAAGAGAAGGACCUUGAAGAGGCACAAAAGAACAUUGAUGCGGCUUAUGUAACAUUGAGAGGCAAAGAAGAUGAUGCAAAUAGCAGGCUGGCAACUAUAGCUCUCAAUGAGAAGGAAUGUGAUUCUAUGAGAACGAACUUGGAUCUCAAAGAGAAGGAGUUAUCUGCAUGGGAGGAAAAGCUCAAUGCCAGAGAAAAAGUUGAGAUUCAGAAGCUUGUUGAUGAACACACUGCUAUUCUUGAUGUGAAGAAGCAAGAGUUUGAGGUGGAAUUGGUUGAAAAAAGAAAGUCAUUUGAAGAUGGAUUGAGGAAUAGAUUGAUAGAAGUGGAAAAGAAAGAAGGUGAAGUCAAUCACAAGGAGGAGAAGAUUGCAAAACGGGAGCAAGCCUUGGAAAAGAAAGCAGAGAAGCUCAAGGAGAAAGAGAAAGAAUAUGAAGUAAAAGUCAAAGCUUUGAAGGAACGGGAGAAGUCUAUUAAGUCUGAGGAAAAAGACUUAGGGAAGGAGAGGGGUGAAAUAGAAAGUGAGAGAGAAGAGUUGCUCAGUCUCAAGGCUGAAGUUGAGAAAUUAAAGGCAAACAACGAAGAAGAAUUGCUGAAAAUUAAAGAAGAGACUAAUCAUCUUCAAGUGACUGAGGAGGAGAGGUCAGAAUAUAUACGUUUGCAGUCGCAACUGAAGCAUGAAAUUGAUCAGUAUAGGCUUCAGAAAGAACUACUGAUGAAGGAAGCUGAUGACUUGAGGCAGCAAAAGGAGACUUUCGAAAGAGAAUGGGAUGAGCUUGAUCUGAAAAGAGCAGAUGUGGAGAAAGAGCUGAAAAAUUUGCUUCAACAGAAGGAAGAAAUUUUAAAACUACAACAAAAUGAAGAAGAGAAGUUAAAGAAUGAGAAGCAGGCCACACAAGACUAUCUACAAAGGGAGUUGGAAGAUCUUAGUUCUGCUAAAGAGUCAUUUGAGGCUCAAAUGGAGUUGGAAAAGUCAAGCCUAGCUGAGAAAGCUCAAAAUGAGAAAAACCAGCUGCUUCUGGAUUUUGAGAUGCGGAGAAAAGAACUUGAAGCUGAUAUGCAGAAUCAGUUAGAGCAGAAGGAAAAAGACUUGCUUGAAACAAAGAAGUUAUUCGAGGAGACGAGAGAGAGUGAAUUAAGUAAUAUCAAUUUCUUGAGAGAAGUGGCUAAUAGAGAAAUGGAGGAAAUGAAACAUCAAAGAAGUAAAUUAGACAAGGAGAAACAGGAUGCAGAUGAGAAUAGGAAACAUGUUGAAAGGCAAAGGAUAGAAAUGCAGGAGGACAUAGAUGUACUCGUUGACCUCAACAAGAAGCUGAAAAAUCAGCGGGAACAAUUUAUUGUGGAGAGACGCCGCUUUAUUGAUGUUGUUGAGAAACUUCAGAGUUGCCAAAACUGCGGGGAAACAAUUUCUGAAUUUGUGCUGUCUAAUUUACAUUCUUCUGCUGACAUUGAAAAUUUAGAGGUGCCUUCUCUUCCGAAAUUGGCUGGUGAUAUUACACAUGGUGGUUCUGAGGUAAAUCUGGAUAAGUCUAGGCAAAAUACUGGAGUAUCCCCUUCAGCUGGUACAGAGUCCCCUGUUCCUGGUGGAACUGUCUCUUGGCUACGUAAAUGCACCUCUAAGAUUUUCAAGAUCUCCCCAAUCAGAAAGAUUGACUCUGAUGUUGGUAGUUUAAGGGAUGUGGAUGCUUUGCCUGUUGAUACAACUGAUGAGGAUUCACUAGCGAAAAUUCCUGGCACUGAAAAUGAAGCAGAGUUGUCUUUUGCAAUUGCAAAUGAUUCUUUUGAUGCUCCAAGGGUACAAUCUGGCAAUGAUAUCACAGAGGUUGAAGCCGACCAUGAUCCUUCUAUUGACAACCAGGGCAACAAUGAAACUGAAGCACCAGAAAACAAUGAAACUGAAGCACCAGACAAGAAUGACACGAAAGCACCAGAUGAUUUACAGCCUACUGAUUCAAAGGUUGAGCAGCAGAAACCUCGCAGGGGAAGGGCCAGAGUAGUAAAGCGCACACAAACUGUAAAAGCUGUUAUCAAAGAGGCUGAAGCUUUUCUCGGGGAAUCGAAAGCUGCUGAGGCAGUACCUGGGGAGUGCGUGGAUGACCGUGAGACUGGGUUUCCAAAUGGAAAUGCUGAGGAUUCUGCCAACAUGGAUUCUGAAAGUCAAAAACCAGCCGAAAAAAGAACGGCAAAUUUGAGGAAGCGAAACCGGGUUCAAACAACAUCUCAAGUUACUGCCAGUGCGAGUGAAGGACAUUCUGAUAUACCAGGACAGCGCAGAAGGACUCGACAGAAGGCUGCUCCUCCUCCUGUACAAACUGCUGGAGAAACAAGAUAUAAUUUGAGGCGACCCAAAACUCGAGCGACAACUUCAUCUGUUAGAGACGUGUCUGGUGGCGGCAAGGAAGGCGAGGGAGAGGUUGGUCCUGCAAAAGCUGCAGAAGCUUCUCAUUCCCACUCGGUCGGCAUUACCAACGAAAUUGGUGGCAGCAUAGAUCUUGAUGAGUCUCAGAAAGUAGUGGAGACACAUGAUGAUUUCGACAAUACCGCCAGGACUUUUGCAAGCAACAUGGCUUUGAGUGAGGAGGUGAACGGAACAGCGGAUGACGCGGAGGAUCAUGAUGCCGAGUACAGGAGUGAAUCCCGAGGAGUUGAGGAUGAGGAGGAGGAGAACGAGGAGAACGAGAUUGAUGAAGAUUAUCAACAACCUGGUGAAACUUCAGUAGGGAAGAAGCUAUGGAAAUUUCUUACCACAUAACACUAGACCAGAGCAUUGGUUUGUGUCUUGACAUCAUCAACUUUAGAGAUGAUGUCAGAAGUUGAAUUGUAUUAACAAUUGGAAUUAGAUCUAUAUAACCAAGGAGAGGUACUUAGGAAGGGUGAUUGAAUUUCUUUAGCACAUUUUCAUUUUCUGUUUCUAUGGAUAUUUGGAAAACCUUUUGGAUAUUUGUUGAUAGUUUUAGGCAUUUGAUAGUGUAGCUCCUAGUUUAGAGAUUGGAUUUUUAGCCACUCCAUUUGGAAAUUGAUUGUAUCCAAAUGUAUGUAUUUUGUUUCCUAAGAUGUGAUAGUUUGAAUUUAAUGAGCCAUCGUGUGAACUUGGGGCGAUAAUUUGUGUUUUAA